AUGAAAAGAGGAAGGUUGGGAUACGAUGCAAAAAGAUCCCUGAGUGACAACCGUAGCAUCCGACACGAGAAGAAAAUAGAGCAGUUUUACAAUUCGCACAGUGACAACCAGAAAAGACAACCACCGGCGGAAAAACAACAGCCUGGCAGCAGGGGCGACGCUCACCCCGAGCACACGCCGCCUCCGCCCGCCUUCCGCGGCCCCCCGGCAGGAUGCGCGCAGGGAUCCGCGCAGGGGAUGCGCGCAGGGGAUGCGCUCCGCUCGCCGCAUCUAACCCGCGGACCCGCGCCCUGCUCAGCCCGGGGGCAACCGCAUCCCGCCGGGCACCCGCGCAGCCCCCUCCCGCCCUCCCCGCGCAUCUUCCGCGCAACCGGGCAAAAAAAAAAAAGCCGGGGAAGUUUCUCUCCUCCUGAGGAGGAGGCAGGCGCCCGCCAGCGCGGAACCGGCUCCCGGCACGGCGGAAACAAAGCGGAUUUACCUGGGAAGGGCAGCGGGGCGCCCUGCGCAGGACGCAGCCUGUUGCGCGGGUUCCCUCCGGGGCAAAACCCCCCUCCCCAAACUUCGCGCUGGCAUCCACCACCGUCCUCCUCAUCCUCUUCAUCCUCCUCCUCCUCCUCCUCCCCUCCCGGCUUCCCUCUGCGCCAAACCAGUUAA